AUGCCUGAAAAAUAUUUCUUUUCCUUGUUGUUAUUAUUUAAACCUUGGAGAAUACUAGAUGACCUAAAAAUGCAACAUGAGACAUACACAGAAACAUUUAAUGCUGUAAAGGACGAUUUACAAGAAGCGUUACGCUACGGAAAUUUACGGACUGAAUUACGAAAUAUUUUACAAACAGCUUUUGAAAAGGUAGAAGAAAAAGUAGCAGAACUAAACGAAGAAAGGAAAAACAUAGUAGAUGAGGGACCCGACAAUCCUUUAGAGUUUGAAGCUUUGGAAGCGGUAAAUGCUAUGGAAGAUAAAAACAACUUUGAUUUAGUUGAAGCGGAUAUUUCUGAAAUGAAUGAGCAAGCAAUGAUAGAUAAACUGAAUUCUGACCAAAAAAAGUAUUUGAUACAGUCACUAAUAAAAUUAGGAACCAAAAAGAAAUAUUGA